GGAACAAACCGGUCUUAAUAAUUUAUCAAUCUUGCAGCGCGUAAUAAACUCUUCAGUGUGAAGGUAUUUAUAAAAGAUUAAUAAAUUUCAUCUGAUUGAUGCAAAGAGCUGAUAAGAGAUAUCUAGUUGAUAAACUAGAGGUUUGAUAAGAAAUCUGCGGGAUAGAAAGCAGACUUCGCUUGGACCUAGAUACGGUCCCAGUUCUCAGUUUCAUGGUCCAAGGUGAGCGGGCAGAACCUCUACGAGGAUUAGAACUGGGCCUGGAGAAGUAUUAGUUAGUGAGAUUUUAAGAUCAAAAUGGCAUUGGUUGAGAGUAAACCUUUUCUAGGAAAUGGAACCAAGACAAAAAUUGAACCAGGCGGCUGUUGUCAUUCUAAACACACAAGGAAUUGCUGCUUCAUCAGCUGUGUUCUUGGUUCCGUCUUCCUGCUCCUCGGAGUAGUUGUUCUAGCUGCAGGGCACGGUUUAUUAAUGAGAUUAGUUCUCUCCACAAUGCCUCUGAAGCCUGGUAGUGAGAGAUAUCAGUCCUGGCUUACUCCACCAGUAGAAGCUCAUCUUACAGGAUAUGCUUUCCAUGUGACCAACCCUGAUGAUGUUGUGAUGGGGAUGAAACCAAUCCUACAGGAGGUUGGACCCUUUGUUUACAAAUCUGUCACAAUCAAGGAUUCAAGAGAUAAUCUUGUGUUCAAUGAGGACGGAGAAACCCUUACUUAUAAACCUAGGAAAUUUUAUUAUUUGGAUGAAGAGCAGAGUAUAGGAGACCCGGAUAAAACCUUUAUCACAGUUCCAAACAUACCUCUUCUCUCAGCUCUCUCGGCAACGAAGAACGAGAAAGGGUUUGGGAAAACUAUCAAGGUUGAUUUGAUUCUCAAGGAAGGACGUGGAACUCCAUUUAUAAAUGUGUCUUUCAGUGGACUUCUCUGGGGGUAUGAGGACUCCCUACCCUGCCUGAAGAUGACUCCUCCUGAACACUGUCCUAAACCUGUUUCAUUCAACUCAUUGGACGAGGAGGAGGACCAGGAGGAACAGGACGAUUUCUUCGAGGACGAAGGUUGGAAAAGGAAGAAGAGAUCUAUCCCAGAUCUACGUGAUGCAGAUUUUGAAUCCUGGGAGAAGCCUAAGGGAGGGUUUGUCAACUGCACCUGCAACUGGGGACUCUUUAGGGAUAGAAAUGUUACGCUGAGAGAACCGGUGACAAUGCAUCAUGGUUUGUCCAACCUACGGAUGAAAGGUUGGGUUAAGGAGUUCAACUCCAGUCCUGUCUUGAACUGGUGGGAACCUGGAUCUAAAUGUGACGAGGUUGGAGGACAGGAUGGAGGAACUCUACCUCCAGGUGUACUCCAGGACGAAUCCCUGGAUAUAUUUAUCUCCCUGAUGUGUAGAAGACUGAGCCUAAACUAUGAGAAGGAUGAAAUCUAUCCUGAGGAUCUGGUGGCACGAAGAUAUAUUCCUGAUGAGAAUGCUCUCGGCUCCCACACAGAUACUGAUCUUGCCAGGAGAAACGAGGAUAAUAAAUGCUAUUGUUUGCCUGGGUUUAAGUGCUUGAGAUCAGGAGUACUGAAUAUGGCUCCAUGUAAGCGUAGUCCUAGUAUGCCUACUGGAGCUCCCUUAGCUCUCUCCUAUCCUCACUUUUACCAGGCCGAUCCUCAUUUUCUCCAGGCAGUAGAAGGAUUGAAACCUGAGAAGGAACGGCAUCAGUUCUAUCUAGAUCUUUCCCCGGAGUUUGGUUUCCCACUUGCAAUCCGUCCUAGGUUUCAGCUCAACCUCAUCAUAUCUAGGGACGAAGAUAUUCCUAUUCUAUCAAAGUUCCAGGAGGAGCUGGUUUUACCCUUCCUAUGGGCCCAGGACGGGUUCGAUCAACCCAGCGAUGUGAUGGCAAAAUCUAUCCGGAAAGGAUUGGAUAUUCCUGAGAAGUACUCAAGGUUGAUUGGUGUUGUCCUGCUGGGACUAGGCGGAGCACUACUCUUGGGUAGUCUAAUCUGGAUUCUCUGGAAUAAGAGAUAUAACAGUCAGCUGGAAACCAUCCCGUUGAAAUAAUUCUCUGAACAUAAUCAGGGGCUGUGUAAUGUGUUCAGAGAGAGUUCACGAUAUAUAGGCUGUGUACUGUGUUCAGAGAGAGUUCACGAUAUAUCAGUCUCACUAUACCAAGCUGAAUUCAACCUGUACCUUAGCCAACAAAUAUCAAAUAUUUUUGUAAAAAAUACUAAAUCAAAAUAUUUUUCAAUACACAACACUUGUGUUAUGUAAAUAUCGUUAGGUCUAGAAGAGUUAUCAGGAUUAUUUGUUUGUACUGCAGUGUAAUGCAUGUAUUGGAUAGUGGUGUCUAGUAUGGCACUGAACUGAUAUGCACUCACUGCUUUGUACUGCAGUGUGCGGCAUCUAUUGGAUAGUGGUGUCUAGUACGGCAUUAAACUGAUAUGCACGUAUGCUUUGUACUGCCUGUAUUCGAAGAUUAUACAUGUAAUGUAUCAGUUUUACACAAUACAUGAAAAAAUGGAAGUAAAAAAUUACUGUUAUACAGUAAUUACAUUUUUUCAACAAGCGCCAUAAAUAAAUUGUAAUCUAUCAAUGUGGAAUUAUUCAUUCUGUUCCUUAUUACCGAGCUAAAGUAAAUGUUUACUAGUCUUUACUAAAAUAAUUCUUUACAAGUUAACAAAACC